AACCUAAUCACACUAAAAUCUACCUCCUUUCAUAGAGGCUUGCCUUCUUUUAAAUUGAUGAAAGUAGUAGAUAUAACUUUAUAAUAAAUAAAUAAAAACUCAGGACGUGUGUAGAUAUGGCUGCCGAGGGAGGUGUUCUUGAUGCUCGCAAAGCCUCUGAGGCUUUUGUGGAAAAGUACUAUCAUACUGUGGGGACGACGACUCAAGCAGCACAUACAUUUUAUGCUGAUGAUUGCAUUGUCAGCAGACCAGGACCUGAUGGUACUACGAUGUCUUUUUCAUCCCUCGAGGCUAUCAAGAAGCACUACCUUUCCUCUUACUAUGAUGGUACUACAUUCGAUGUGGUCAGUGUCGAUUCUCAGAGUUCAUUGGGAGAUGGGGUAUUCAUCAUGGUUAUAGGUUUCUUGACUGGUAAAGAUAACCUCAAGAGAAAGUUUUCCCAAGCGUUCUAUAUUGCACGUCCGAACGGUGUCUAUGCUGUCGUCAAUGACAUUCAUCGUUUUGUUGAUGAGGAGUCCUCUACUACAAGAGCUCUUCCAUUUGUUGAAUCUGUGCCAGAAGUUACAAAGCCUUUUGAAGAGGUAAAAAAGACUGCGCAGGUCCACAAAACCACCAAGAAGAAGUCUGUCAAAGCUGCGGAGGUUAAGAAUGUGGCUACUCCUGAAAAGGCUGUAACUGCUCAAAAACCCAAAGAGCCGGUUGCUGAAACAUCAGCUACUCCUGCUCUUGAUGGAGCCAAGAUAUCUUAUGCUUCAAUGGUGCUAUCCAUGUCGAGAAACGCUGCUCCUCUCCAAGUUAAAGCAGCCCCGAUUCAGAAACCUAGUACCGUGGCACAACCCAAACCCCAUGUAUCUCCAGCACCUGUUAAGAAAAGUGACCAGAAGAUGGUUGAUGAACCAGGGACUUCCAUAUUUGUCUCGAAUCUGCCAAUGGAUGCAAGGCCUCCUCAAGUCUAUGAACUAUUCAAAGGUUUUGGCGCUAUCAAAGGAAAUGGAGUUCAAAUCAGAAGCUCUAGGUUUAGUGGAAGCUGCUUUGCCUUUGUUUCCUUUGAAUCUGUUGCAUCUGUUAAGAGUGUACUUAAGGCUGCCAAGAACAAUCAGUUCAAGCUUGGGGAGCAUAAACUUCGUGUGAAGGAAAAGCAAGUUGAGUAUAAUAGUAGCAAACCGUCUGGUGGGAGAAGUGAAGGUGGAAGCAUGAGUCAGAGUGGUUCUGUAGAUGGACGCAAGACUCCGGCUGGCUCUGUAGAUGGAAUCAGGAGUCAGAGUGGUUCUGUAGAUGGAAGCAAGCCUCAGAGUGGCUUGGCAGAUGGAAGCAGGACUGAGAAUGUAUCUGUAGGAGGCGAAGAAGAUGAUGGCUUCAAGGUGGUCAGAAGCCGUAGGAACAGAAGCGAGAAGAGGAGCCAAGAAUAGCCAAGAGAAACAGACAAGAAUAUAUUCCGGCAUUACAGAUUCACAUAUCUUUACUUCUUUAAGUCUUUUUUGUUGUUGCUCAAGUAAAACGGAAAAAAUCUUUUUUUUUUGUUUUACUCCUA